AAAAAACAUUUUAAAAAAUUCGUUUCCCUGUUUAUUAUUAAACCAGACAAUCCGAGCAACGUUGCUUUCCUUAUACUUCAAAUGGCUGACAACUUAAUCUCUUUAUGACAAUUAACUCAGUUUUUGUUAGCUUGACCCGACCGCCAUUGAUGAAGCAUAACAAAGCUUAAACCUUUUUUUGUGAAGCUGUUGAGACUUAAAUUUGGCUUGGAUUAACCAAGUGGGUGCUUCUUAUUUUCAAGGAACUGAACUGGGUUUUUCUCAGAAUUUCGGACUUGGGUCGCUUUGUUGUUCUUGUUCUUCAUUUUGCCAUGGAGUUAAACGCAGGGACGGCGGGAACCGGAUCUCAUGAAACGGCGUCGGAGAGGAAGGAAGUGGCGGCACUCGAAUCGCUCCAAUUUACCGACGAAAUCCGCCGUUUGAUGUUGGCUCCUGCGACCGACAAUGCGAGUUCCUUCACGGCUCUGCUUGAACUUCCGGCUCCUCAAGCUGUUCAGCUUAUUCACUCUCCGGACUCGGUUAAGCUUACCGCUGUUCAUGCUCCGACUCCGAACGUUGAUGAUUUCAAAGGCAGCUUUCAUUUUCCUUUUGAUAGUGGAUUAAUCGAACGAGCGGCGAGGUUCUCCUUGUUUGCCGGAGAUGGUAACAUCAACGUCAAUAACAAGAGCAAUUCGCUUGAACCGACGUCGUACAAUUCAACCGCGAAUCUCCAGAAACCGGUGAAGAGUGAGCCGGCGGAGACCGAGUCAUAUCAAGCGUUAGUUUCUGAUCCAACGGUGGAGAACCGGAGUAUCAAGAGAAAAGACCGAGAGAAGGUGAAAGGGUCGACAAAGAAAAACAAAACUGCGGCGAAGGACAGCUCCGACGAUGCUGAGAAGCUGCCGUAUGUUCACGUUAGAGCUCGCCGGGGACAAGCCACAGAUAGCCAUAGCUUAGCUGAGAGAGCUAGGAGAGAGAAGAUUAAUGCACGUAUGAAGCUCCUACAGGAGUUGGUACCAGGAUGCAGUAAGAUUUCAGGCACAGCGUUAGUGCUGGAUGAAAUCAUCAAUCAUGUGCAGUCCCUACAGCGUCAAGUGGAGUUCUUAUCAAUGAGACUCGCCGCAGUUAACCCUAGAAUUGAUGUCAACCUCGAUAGUAUAUUCACAGCAGAUAGUGGAUCUUUAAUGAACAGUAACUUCUCCGGGAUGGUCAUGCCUAUGAUGUGGCCCGAGGUUCAACUCAACGGAAACAGACAACAAUAUCCGCAGCAAUCGCAGUUUGGUGCAUUUCAACAGCCUGUUUGGGGGAGAGAAGAAGUCUGCAAUAAUUACAUGACUCCAGAGAACUCGCUUUUAAGCUAUGACUCCUCGGGAAAUUCAGCAUCGUUGCACUCGAAUCAAUUGAAAAUGGAGCUAUGAAGUCCAAAAGAAGAUAGCAAACUGUUAGAUUUAUGAAAAAAAUAUUAUUCUAGUGAUGACUACUACUUGUACAUGUAUAUAUUAUAUCGAAUAUUAGAAAUUAGUAGAAGGUAGAGAGGUCUCUCCAUAUAUCUUCUGGUUUUUAUGUGGUUUAUUUAGCCGAGUCAGAUGGAAACAUCCGAUUUCGCAGGACCGGAGACGAGAAACGUCUGUAUGCUGUUAUUAAAUAUAUAUAUUAUACUAACUUCGAGUCAUUCAAUCGAAUGCUUGGUUUGAGGUUGAUUGAUUCAUAUUGUAAAAUCAUAGAACGAACUAUGAUGAUUCAAACUAUUAUGGAAAUCUGCCUUCUUUUGUUCUA